UCCGCCUUGGGGGCGUGGCGGAGCUAGGCUCCGCCCUGCCCCGCCCUGCCUGAAGCUCAGGGCCCCGCACCCUCACUGCGCUGGGCUGUUGCGGUCUGCACCACUAGAGUGAAGGUGAUCCAGAGCCAAGAUGGCCGUCCUCUCUAAGGAAUACGGUUUCGUGGUUCUAACUGGUGCUGCCAGCUUCAUAAUGGUAACUCAUCUAGCCAUGAAUGUUUCCAAGGCCCGCAAGAAGUACAAAGUGGAGUAUCCUACCAUGUACAGCACAGACCCAGAAAAUGGGCACCUCUUCAACUGCAUUCAGCGAGCCCACCAGAACACGUUGGAAAUAUAUCCUCCCUUCUUAUUUUUUCUAGCUGUUGGAGGUGUUUACCACCCGCGUAUAGCUUCUGGUUUGGGCUUGGCUUGGAUUGUUGGACGAGUUCUCUAUGCUUAUGGCUAUUACACGGGAGAACCCAGCAAGCGGACUCGAGGAGCCCUGGGAUCCAUUGCACUCAUGGGCCUGUUGGGCACCACUGUGUGCUCUGCUUUCCAGCAUCUCGGCUGGGUGAAAACUGGCUUAAACAGUGGGGCCAAAGGCUGCCAUUGAAGAGUUACCAAGUUUUAAAAACCUCAUUCAUUUUGGAUGACUUAACUUCCCUUUUUUUUUUUAAUGUAAUAAAACCUAUCUGACAU